AUGUUUUUAAUUGUAUUGAUUAUUCUUGCAUUAACAGAAGCAAAAUCGAUAACUCAAACUUUUACAAUGAAAUAGCUUUAGAAAUAAUAAUAUAUCCCUAUUAAUAGAUUUGGCAGUAAAGGAACAGUUAAUUAUAAAAUAUCGUAAAUUCAAUUUUUAUUCUAGAUCUCGUAUUAUAAAACCCCCCAAAGAAUACGAAAAUAAAUAAUUUGAUAUUGCUUUUGAGUUUUUUCAAUAAGAUAGUUGGCAGUCUGCUUUAAAAAAAGAUGAAUGUAGUAGGUAUGAAGAUGCAAAUACAAUUGUACAUCAAACUAUAGAAGCAAAUUUGGAUUAAAAAGUAUCAACAUAAGAAGGAUAAUUGAAAUUUGGAUAAUAUCAUAAUAUUUGGUUAGCAGUCUUUAAUAAUUGUUAACAUAGUAUUGAUAAAAUUAUCAAGAUCAAUAAUAAAAAUACAAAAUUAGAAAUCACAGUUUGGUUUUCUGAAGAGGGAGGACAAGAAUUCUCUUUAGAAGAGUAAGGACUCUUAAAUGUAGUGACCAUUUUAACAGUUUUUACAAUUAUCGGAUUUAUUUACAAUUAUAGAAUAUUUAAUUCAGAUUUAUAAAAAUAUGGAGAAUGGGAUUAUGCUUAAUUAUUUAUUCUUGUUGUAAUUGGUUUAGAGGCAUUACAAAAUUUAUUAAAUUUUAUGCAUUUAAUUGUCUAUUAUAUUAAUGGUAAAGGAAUUGGAGCAUUUUCAACUAUUUCAGAAAUUAUUUAAGUUGUUGAUAAUUUUCUUUUAAUGAUUUUAUUAAUACUUUUGGCAUGGGGAUGGUCAAUAGAAUUUAUGGAUAUGGAAGAUUGGGAUAUAUAUGUACCAGUAGCAUUUUUGAUUGCUUUUGCUUAGGCAUUAAUUGUUGGAUUAGGAAGGUUGGUGAGCAAUUAAACAGAUAAUCAUUUAUAUGAAGGGUGGGUAGGAUACACAAUUAGUUUAAUAUAUAUUAGUCUUGCCAUAUAUUUUUAUUAUUCAACAAAUUAGAGAAAGAAGAAAGGAGAUUCAGUUGAUUACUUUUAUAUCUAAUUGAAAAUUUAUGGCAUGUUAUUUUUUUUAGCUUUUCCUUUUUUAUUAUUUGUUUCAAAAUUAGUAGAUCCAUACAAAUCUUACACAAUAAUCAGUUAUGGAAAUAUGUUUGUACGUAUGCUAAACAUUGUUUUAAUGGCAAGAUUAUUUACAGGUAAGUCUUCAGAUUAUUAAAAAAUCUGUAUGAAAGGGAGAUCCUUUUUAGAUAGAGGAAAAACUUUAUGA